GAGAACAGUGAUAAAGACCUGGUGUUACCCCCACCGCGACGACAGGGGGCAGCAUCAACCUUAGUAGUAUGCCAAUAAACUCAAGAAGAAGAAGAAGAACCGGAAACAGCCGAAGACCUAUAAACAGAAGCAGAAGCAGCUGGACGGUUUCAGCACCUGGGAGCUCUAAAACACUUUCAGUCUUAUCAGCAUGUAGACGGACCGAACAGAAACAACUGCACGGAGACUGGUCGAGGACUGAGGACUGGAGACUGGACAGGGACUGGAGACUGGACAGAGACUGGAGACUGGACAGAGACUGGUCGAGGACUGGAGACUGGACAGAGACUGGACAGGGACUGGAGACUGGACAGAGACUGGACAGGGACUGGACGGUAACCAGUAUCAGAGUAUCAGGGUGGCUGUAGUGUCGUCCUGGUGGAGGAGCAGGCUGAUGGAGAGUGACUGUCGGAUCCCUGUGGCAUGUUGUCGGCCUCGAGUCCUUGUCCUCCACGCUCUAUUUUGGGGCCUUGUCUCCCUCAGGGUGUUUGGAGCGGCUCUGCUGAGUGAAGACAGAACUCCAGCAGGGAAACAGGUGGUCGCCCCCUGCUGGCUGCUGGAGGAGUUUGUGGUGACGACAGAGUGUUCGCAGUGUAACGCCUUCCAGGCCAGGUCGUGGUCUUCCUGCGGACUGACGGGAUACGUGGAGAGAGUCAACUGCACCAGAUCCAGUCGAGACGACUACAAGAGCUGUCGCUCUGCAGUGAUGGAGGAACAUCUCUUCUGGAAGUUCGAGGCGACCAUGUUGGGCUUGACGGCGGUCUUCGCCGUUCUCGUGGUCAUCCGUCAGCGCUGGCUUGACCGCCUCGCCUCCGAGAAGGUCCGCCGACAGAUCGAGUCCAUCUAGGACACCAAGAACCGGACCAGACUCAGAUCUGUCAGGGAUCAGGACUAAAGCCAAACCGGCAGAGACUGUUUGUGGUCUUCAUAGAGACAAAACAAACUAGCUGUGAACUCAUCAGAAUGAAAUCUUCUAAGAGUCCGUCAGUAAAAAGUUGUUUUAUAAGUUUAAAGAAGCAGAACUGGGUCAGACCUGGACCUCAUUUCAGACCUGGACCUCAUUUCUACAUUUGAGUUCUUGAUAUUUAGUUCAAUCUGAAUUUCAUGUCUUUUUAUUCAUUCAUUUUUGUUUUUCUGUGAAGUUUCUGGCUAAAUAAACUGAAACUAAAGAAUUAAAAAAGAUUGUGUACUUUUGUUAGUGUAUAAGGGUUUGUUUACCAACAAAGAAAACAAAUGUGAACAAGCUGUCAACGUUUCACUGAUCAAUAAUAAAGUUAACCCGUG